AUUCAUAAAUUUAAACUCAAGAUUAGAAACUUACCAUCUCAUUUUUCAAAUACUAAUCUCCAAAAACAGUCAGUAAAGAAAAUAGUCAACCAAAGUAUUCAUAUUCACAAAUUUUUCUCAAUUUUAGGUUCAAGAGGUUGAGAUCAUGAGUGCAAUUUGGGCACUCCUAGGAUGUUUCACCAUGGCGUUGGCUGGCCUAGAAGCAGCAGGUGAAAAACCCAAGAAUCGAACACUGAAAAUCUGCGACAGAUUGUAACAACGGACAAUGUUUGUUUGAGUUGGAAAAAGGCACCUUCUGCGAUUGUCUUGUUGGCUGGACAGGAAAACAUUGCAAUCAGAUGAGCUGUGAGGCACCAGGAGAAUGUGUUCACGGUGAUUGUGAGGAUGGGCGGAUCUGUUCAUGUCAUAUGGGCUGGACAGGGCGCUUUUGCGAUAAAUCUCGCGGUUGUGACAUGGAAAGUUGCAUCAAUGGAGAUUGUCUGAUUGACAGCAAACAUACCACUAAAUGCAGAUGUCAUGAAGGCUGGGAAGGGACUUUCUGCGACGAAUACGUAGGCUGCUCGGCCACUGGAUGCGGUUCCGGAGUUUGCAAGUUCUCAAACAACACCCACUCCUUUUGUCAGUGCCCUUCAGGCUAUGCUGGAAAAAAGUGCGAACUCCUUCCAGACAUCUACAUUAGCACCCAAUGCUUAUCUUCAGGUUUAAUUUGCCUCGGCAGGAAUUGGCAAAAGAGUACAUGUAAUGAGAAAGAAGGAGUUAUUAUUCAGAGACGGAAAGUGUUCGAUAUUGGUUUCAACCGAAACUUUUCUGAAUACGAGGAAGGAUUUGGAGACUUUUGCGGGGAUGGAGACUUUUGGUUGGGGUUACAGACCAUGUACAACCUGACUCGUGAAAGAAGGUGGAAUCUACGAAUCUCUAUGAGAAAUUUUUCAAAUGACGCUCUCGUCUGGGGCGUUUGGGACGACUUCAAGGUUGGGCCUGCUCCCCUUUACACCCUAACAUUCGGCACAAUGGUGGCAAAGAGUGAGAACAUACGCAAUACCACUGAUAAAUCACAAGGCUUUGAUUAUCACAACGGAAUGGCGUUUUCUACUUCUGACAGGGAUCAGGACAGUGAUGCGAGAAACUGUGCUGCAAUGUUCGGAGGAGGUGGUUGGUGGUAUAGAGGUUGUUUCAAUAUGAAUUUGAACGGAAACAAAUCCACUUCAGACAAAAAUGAUCAAGAUCAAAUGGCACAUGACGAUGGGAGUGGGUAUAAAAUGAUGUCAGCAAGUGAGAUGAAAAUGGUCCGAGUGACCUGAUUAGAGCAAUUUAGUUUAUUGAAGGGAAAUGAGAA